UCUCCACAACAAGUUGAACCCUGAAGUCCGUGGGAUGUUAUUAAUGACUGCAGAGCUCUGAGAUAAUACGAGUUCAUUCAAAUAAAGGAUUUAUACACCGUGACAGACAGACAAGAAGCUUCCUGCCUGUUGUAUUUUUUAAUCUGUGUGUCGACACACUUUGUAAGUAGUUAUUUUAUAUCGGAUGUUGGAUUAUUAACGGUAGGAUAUCCUCGGAUCAAGCUGCGCAGGGUGCGUUUCUGCCUUUUUCGGAAUUAUACAACAGGUGACUUUAUGUAGAACAACUCCCUCAGGAUGAGACUGUGGACUUUACUUGUCAUUAUCCGGAUGUGCACAUCAUCUCCUCUUUCAGAAACAUCCAUGCCCAAAGGUUCACCUCCGGAAAGCCGCUGCGCCGGCCGAGCGUGCAACCCCCGCAUGGGCAACUUGGCCCAGGGUAGAGUGUUGAGCACCCAGUCGGUCUGCGGCUCCAACUCCUCAGAGCCCUUCUGCUUCUACAAACAGACUGUCGAGCCCCGCAUCAGGGAGUCCUGCUCGGCUGCUCAAUGCAGCAAGUGCAACUCAGCUCUCCCCAGCCAGGCGCACCCUCCCUCCGCCAUGAGCGACUCCUCUUUCCGUUACCCUGACACUUGGUGGCAGUCUGCAGAGGGGGUGAAGGAGGAGACGCUCCAGCUCGACCUGGAAACGGAGUUCCUCUUCACCCACCUCAUCCUGGUAUUCCGCUCACCCCGCCCCGCUGCCAUGAUGCUGGAGCGCUCCCAAGACCAUGGGCACACAUGGAAGACCCUCGGGUACUUUGCCAGGGACUGUGAGGAUGUGUUUGGUCUGGCAGAGGGGUCGCCAGUCGGGGAGAGUGGAGCAACUUGCACCUCCAAGUAUUCAGGAGCUUUCCCUUGUGCCAGAGGAGAGGUGAUAUAUCGAGCCUUGUCGCCCUGGCACUCGGUGGAUCCCUAUGGACCAGCUGCCCAGGACCAGCUCAUGAUCACCAACUUGAGAGUCCGUUUGCUGCAGCGCCAGUUGUGUCCCUGCCAGAACAAACAUCCUGGUGCAGCCGUCCUCCCCACAGACCAUUAUGCCAUCUAUGAUUUUAUUGUCAAAGGCAGUUGUCUUUGCAAUGGACAUGCUGACCAGUGUGUACCAGCCAGCGGCUUCCAACACAGCCAGCAGAAGACUAAUAACAUGGUCCACGGCAAGUGUGUGUGCAGACAUAACACAGCCGGUGACCACUGCGAGCGCUGUGCACCUCUCUACAAUGACCAACCUUGGCAGGCCGCCAACGGUAUCAUAGGGACACCGCAUGUGUGCCAGAAGUGCAAGUGUAACGGUCAUGCCAAGAGCUGUCACUUCAGUCGUGGACUGUGGCUCGCAACGGGACGGCGGAGUGGCGGUGUGUGCGACGACUGCCAGGACAACACAGAGGGCCGCCACUGCCAGAACUGUAAGAAGGGAUUCUUCCGAGACCCCAGCCGACCAAAAACUGCCCCGGACUCCUGUAAACCUUGUUCCUGCCACCCUGUAGGCUCUGUCCUCUCAGGAGGUAGCACUCUCUGUAACCCCAGCAGCGGGGAGUGCACUUGUAAGCCUGGUGUUGGAGGCCACCGCUGUGACAACUGCAUGCUGGGAUACUGGGGGCUUCAUGAAUACGGCUGCCGUCCAUGUGACUGCACAGGGGACUGUGACCCCUACACCGGUGACUGCAUUUCUGGCUCAGAUGUGGAGGUCUUCUAUACAGCCACUGGCCACAUGGGACACAGCAGCAAUAAUAGUGAGACGGCACUCUUUAGGGUAGAGGAGCUUUUCUCUGCACUGCACCACUCUGAGAAAUGUGAGUGUGUAGAAGUGACCCUUAGCAGUCCUAAACUCUUCUGUGCUGCGGAGUAUGACUACGUGCUGGUGGUGAGGGUAAUGUCAGCUCAUGAUAAAGGAUCCCAUGCAGAGGUGGAGGUCAAGGUCAAGAAGAUCUUGCACCAGAGCCGUCAGAUGAAGAUCCAGAGGGGGACUGUCACGCUUUAUCCAGAGUCCUGGACCGUUCAAGGCUGUACCUGUCCAAUCCUCAAUCCAGGAUCCGACUAUGUGGUGGCUGGUCAUGAGGACUGGAAGACCGGACAGCUGAUGGUCAACACCAAAAGUCUUGUUAAACCAUGGAAGCCAAGUCUGGGACGUAAAUUUCUUCACAUCCUCAGAAAAGUCUGUGGCCUUUGGUAGGCUGAGCACUGCAAAGGACAGAGGGAUGGAGAGGCGGAGGAUCAUCUGUGACAUACUUAUGAUUCGUUGGAUGAGUGUAGGAGUGUGCAAAAUGAACAGAGGGACUGUUUGAAUUAGGCAUUUUGCUUGGACGCUAGAAUGAAAGCAAAACCCGGAUGCCUGCUGCAGGGAUUUCACCAUUUCUUCUGUGUUCAGAGUCCACAGCCCCAAGAAACAGCUGCAACGUUGCAAUGCUUAGGUUGUUGUUAAACUGGGGUAGAAAUAAGCACAUACUCUAAGCAGAUACCUCACCAGAAUGACAGUCACUUAAGACUCAAAGACAAAGUCGGUGUUGGUAAUUUCAUUCCCGUGCUACUGUAUGAUAUGCCUCAUCACAUACUUUUCUCAAGGUCAUAAAACUAUACGGAAUGCAUGUUAAAAUAUUCAGUUAUACUUUAUUUGCUGGCAAAAGAUGCCGUUUAGGGGGGACAAACCAAAACACACUCACGUCCUACUGUAUCAAUUUCAUUGAGAGCUGUUUACUUUGAAAUCUUGCGGGGGAGCAGACUGAAUUAUCCUUGUCGUCUCGCUGAUAUUGGCGAUAAAUCACGAAUGAGUCAACAUCCGAAUGCGUGUGUGAGUGUGUAUGUGUUUGGGAGCGUCAUUGUGUGCAUAUGCUUGAUGUCCUUGGCGAGGAAGUCUGGGACUGUGCAGGUCAGAACAAGUAACUCCUGGAUGAGGGAAGAGGAUGGGAAAAAAACAAAAAAA